AUGUUUCUGGUUUUUAACCAAUUCAAAACUCUCUGGCUGCCACUUCUGAUAACCUUCACACAAUGUGAAGGAAGUACUUAUGGAACCUUCUUUCCUUCGGUUCCUAAGGAAAUCAACAAAACAACAUUUCCAGUCAACAUCAAUUCAAACUCUUCAUCGGAUGUAAUUUUAUUGAAAUGUCCAGACAAUGAAUACAGGCAUUUAACUGUUAAUGACACUUUUAACUUGAACUAUUCGUCAGACUUUAGAAAACUAACGAUAAGCACUGAAAGUAACACUUUUGCAUGGACACUGUUGGGAUAUAACCUGUUUGGACCUCACCUAGUUUAUUGUGGAGUUUUUGGAAAAGCAUUGAGUGACGGAAACCACACGAACUUUAAUUGGAAGUUCAAUUUCAACUGGGAGCUUGCUCCAAAAUCUUAUAUGAUGGCAAAACGGGUUACAAUAAAUAACAAACUUCCAAUUACCGAGCAAUGUGGCGAUGAUCAAGAAAAAAUUUUAAUAUUUACAAAGGACAAGGAAGGCAAAUUAUUUCAACUCAAUUUAGUUGAUAAUAAAUUGAAAACAUCGGACGAGCUUCCACAUGUAAACAAACUUUAUUAUUUGUUUACAAUACCUGAAGAUAUUUAUGAAAAGGAGAUUGUAGAACCUUGUUUGAUAUAUCGAGCUGUCAAUGAUAUCCCAGAAAUUAUAGUUAAAGGAUACAAUUCAACGUUAAUAAAGCCGAAUGGUACAAAAGUUAAUGUUAUAAAAUUUGACUAUUUGGAAAAGUUUCUUGAAAUUCAACUGUUUUUAACAGAUCAACCAAAUCUUAAAGAUUUCUACAAAAACGAAAAAAUUUUAAUAAGCAAAGUUAAAUUCACAAAGAAUGGAGUUAAAGAAGUACCAAAUUCCAACAAAACUACCAAGGGAACCUUCUCAUUAAAUGGAUAUGAGCUUUUAAAAUUCUCCUAUGAUUACCCGUCGACUGAAAGAAACCGUAUGAUAAAGAAGAUCUUCUACUUCGCACCAUCACAAAAACAUUAUAAAUUUCCAUUGGAAUAUGUUCUCUAUUCAUCAAAUGAGACGGUGGUCAGACCAAAUUGCUCAAUCAAUAGAUUCAGUUUUGGAUACCUUUAUUCAGUUAAUUACGUUAAUAAAAAGAUAGUUAACCUAGAUGACUUGAAUGUUAAUGGAGUAGCAAAAGAUGGUUUGUAUCGCUCUGGUGAUUUUGUCUUCACAUCAGAUCUUAAAGAUUUCAAUACAACUUUAAAAUGCCUUUACAAUACGCCUAAUGGAGAUAUCACCUUAAGUCACUCAUUUUUGCAUAGUGACAAAGCAAGUUUUGAAGUAGACAAAGAUGGAAAAAGAUAUUUAAAUGUGGAUGAAGAUAAAGUAACUAUAAAUAAAGUUAAAAAAUCACGAUUUGAAGAAUUUAAGGAAAAAUUUGGAUUGGCUGGUAUAAUUUUUAUUUUUGUUGGAAUCGUUAUUAUUGUUAUCUUAAUUAUUAUUGGUAUCAUUGGUCUGAUUAUGCUGAAAAAAAUAAAAUUGUAUAUUAGAAGAAGGAAAAUGACAUCUAAAUAUCCUAAUAUAUUUGCAUUGUGGAAAGAAGUAUCAAAUGCAAAUUUGGAAGAGUAUUGUAAAAUAGUUCAAGACAAAGAAUAUAUUCCGGAUAUAUUGAAUAAACAAAAUUUUCAAAAAAAAAUAGAAGGUGAUGAAGAGAUUGAUUUUGACAUAACCACUCUUUUUGAUUCUUCUUUGGUUAAAUGUUAUAAAUCAAUCUUUGGAGAAAUAAGAGCUCAUUACAUUAAUGAUGUCUCACCGGAAAGAAAGUAUAUUAUCUCUGAUGGACCAACACCUGAAAGAGUAAAAUAUUUUUGGGAGUUACUCUUCAAAGAGAAUGUCGCAGUUGUUAUUUCAAUAAUUUAUCAAGAAAAGACCGAUGGACUAGUAAUAGAUGACAAGCGAUUAUAUUGGCCCAAGGAAGACCAAACUUAUGGAAAUGUCAGAGUUGAAUUUCUGGAUGUGCUACCUACGAAUCUCCCAUGCGUCAAUGUAUUAAAGUUUAAAAUGACUAUGAAAGGAGGAGAAUCAAAGGAACUGUCACUAUUUCAUGUUACUUAUUGGAAAGAACAUGCAAUACCAAGUACGGAUCUACACUUCACCAAUUUGUACUCAGAAGUUUCUGAAUGUGCUGGAAAUAGGAAUGUUCUCGUUCAUGCUUCACGUAGUGCUGGAUCACGUGUAUUCAUGUUCACAUAUUUCUGCUGUAUUUUGGAAGCAAUGCAAGCUGAUUCUUCAAUUUAUAAUCCAAUGGAGAUUAUAAAAGAAAUUCGUGAAAAGCGUUAUGGUGGUAAUAUUUCUUCUAUGGAGUAUGCCUACUUAUUAAAAGCACUAAUAGGAUAUUUCUUUGAUAACAAUAUGUUAAUUGAAAAAAAUAAUGAAAGAAUGACGUUUGCCAAGAAUUAUGACAAUUAUCUCUACAAGUUGGAUGCUCGUGAAAAUUUGAUGGUUGGAAAAGUUAAAAAUUUCCUAAAAUAUGUUAAUAUAAAUGAUGCUGGAAAAUUGAAUGAACUUUGUGUUCAAUUUAAUAAAGUAGGAAUGAUGAGUAAAGAUGCUCUUAUAAAAAGCUGCCAACGUUAUUAUACUGCUAAAGAAAGUCAUCCAAAAAGAAAUCGCUACAAUGACAUAGAAUGUCUUGAUAAAACAUCAGUAAAUGUUAAUGGAUAUGAUUCUAAAAAUAUCCUUGGUUAUAUCCACGCUAAUGAAAUGAUUUAUAAAUAUGAUGAAGGAAAUGAAAGAAAAAUUAUUAUGUGUCAGGCACCAAUACAAACAACACUUGAUGAUAUGUAUGACAUGAUUUUUAGAUACAAGAUCGGAAUGAUUGUCGUACUUGUCAAUGAAAAAGAAAUAAAGGUCCAAAAUAAGUGUUAUCCUUAUUUCCCUACAGAUGGUAGUGAAAUAAAAACAAGUAAAUACACUGUCAUGUAUAUUGAUAAGAGAAUUGAUAAUGUAAAUCAUAUAAUUGAAUAUGAUUAUACAAUUUACAAUAAUAAAAAUAUACCGAAUAAUUUUAAAUUACUUCACUACAUUAAUUGGCCUGAUAAAAGCAUUCCUAUUGAAAGUGGUUCUAUUCACGAACUGUACAAAAAGAUUAUAAAUCUUUGCAAUGAUCGUUAUAUUGCGAUUCAUUGUAGUGCAGGAAUAGGAAGAACUGGAACAUUAGCUUUAGCUAUGUUUAUGAUCGAUAUGAUCAAUUCCGGUAAAGCUUUUGAUCCAGUAAAAUUUUUGGAGACUCUUAGGUCACACCGCUAUAAAGCAGUUCAAACUAAGAGUCAAUUUAUCUUCUCUCUAUCAAUUCUAUAUGAACAUUUUAGAGAUGAUAUAAUAAAAAUGGAUCCAGAUGCUUACUCGAAUUUUAAGGAGUUGGCAGAAAACAUCUACCGUCAAGAUGUAAACUAUAAAAAAUAA